UGUGUGUAGUUGGGCCUUUAUCAAGUAGAGGCUUCUAAUUCCUGAAGUGAAAUCCUCUUAGGAUCUAUGCUCUAUUUCUGUUUGGUCUAUCGGGUCUUUUUUGAAAUCUCCAUUAGACCAAGCUCAUUGGCUGGAAAAGACACACGCAUGCACACAAAAACACACACCAUCCAGCAAUAGAUAGCUCAGUGAAGUGAUCGAGUGUUGACCAGAGCAAGGUUAGCUACUGACACAAAGGGAGGACUUCACUGUGACUGUGGGAGGCAGCUAACCAGGAAGAAUGUCUGACAGACUGAUUGACUUGGAGGAGACCGCGACUCACACAGGUCCAAAAGGAGUCAUCAAUGACUGGAGAAGGUUUAAACUGGAAAGCAUGGACCAGGAAAACUUACCACAUGCUAAAAAGGAACUUCUGAGACAGAUGUCAUCCCCUAACAGGCCAAAAGAUGACUCCAGAGCAAACCUUAACCGCAAGAUGAGUGUCCAAGAGUAUGAACUGCUGAAGGAGGAGGACGAGGGAUGUCUAAAGAAAUACAGACGGAGGUGCAUGCAGGAGAUGCAUGAUAAGCUCAGCUUUGGGCCCAAGUUUGAAGGCGUGCAUGACCUGGACAGUGGAGAAGCCUUCCUAGAAGUCAUUGAGAAGGAGCAUCACAGCACAGUGGUGGUUGUCCACAUCUACAAGGUAGGGGUCAAAGGUUGUGAGGAGCUCAACAACUGCCUUGAUUGCCUGGCCACUGAGUACCCCACCGUAAAGUUCUGCAGGAUUGAUGCUGUUGCAUCCGGUGCUGCCGAGCGGUUCUCGGAUGAGGUUUUGCCUACACUGCUGGUAUACAAGGCUGGAGAUCUACUAGGGAACUUCCUGGCCUGCACACAGCACCUAAGCGAGGAGUUCUUCGCCACUGAUGUGGAGGCUUUCCUCAACAGCUAUGGCCUGUUGCCCGAGAAAGAGCUGCCUGGGAUGGAGGAUGAAGAGGAAAACGAUGUAGAGUAAACACAGAGUUUGGCCACUGAGGAAGAAAGGAAACUGUCUCAGAGAGCUGGAUAGAGAGCUAUGAAAGACAAUUCAUAACAUAAGACAAAUUCUUUUGGGCUUCAGCAACUAGGAAAAACAUAACAUCUCCACUAGUCCACUAGUGUUUGAGGAAUGUUCUCUACAGCAGAAAUUUCACAUCCAGUCAGUGAAGAGAUCUCAGUGUCCCAGAUAUGGGUGCUAUCAAGUAUGGGUGUGGGUAACACAGCAAGGUGAGGAGAUAUAGUGUUCAUUUAUAAAAAAUAUAUAUAUCAUAAAUCCCCUCCCUGCCACCCCAACAAAAGCCAAACCAGCUAACUGUAACUAUAAAUGCAUUGUUUUAUUUUGUAAUGUUAGGAAACAUUAAAUACUGUGUGUACUUGUAAAAACUGUUAAUUCAUCGACUCUUUUGUAGCAUUUGAUUGGAUUAAUCUGUACACAAGUUACUUAUAAAUCCAAAAUUAAAAAAAUAAAAAAAACGCUAAGUAGAACAGGAACUCUUAAGACUUACGAGGCCAAAGCUCGCUGAUGUGGAAACAUUUUUGUGUAAACACAUUUUCCAGCCUGUCUGAUCCAACAUUACCUACCCUCACUUCCUAAGCCAAUGUGGUGGGAGGUGCAUAUUGGGUCUGGAAAAUAAACAUUCAUGAGCCUCUGAUAUUUUAUCAUCAUGAGUAAAACAUCACCAGAAAAGAGUUCAUCCAUUUUUGUGUAUAUUAUAUUGUGAAAGUGGGAAAAAGUCACUGGAAUAGACAUAAUGGAAACUGUGGGCCGUGGGUUUUCUUAGUGUGAUGUGAUGCAGCCAACAAGUCCUUGACUCAGCACAGUGGUGAAUAUCAUCCUCAUCAUCAUCAUCAUCAUCAUCAUCAUCAUCAUCAUAUUUGAUUUUGCUAAGAAUGGUUACUAUUUUAAACUGUGUACUGGAAUAUGAAAAAACAUAUCCAUAUAUACUUGUGGUUCAGACUAAAAAUAAUAAUAAAACUGCAUAAAAU